ACAUGUUUUUGUCCGGAGAGCAGGGUUGCCAUUUGGUAUUUUUCAAUACCAAAUUAGGAUAAAUUUGGUAUUGAAAAAUCCGUUUGGUAUUGAAGCACCGUUUUAGACUUAAAUUUGGAAGUGAAACGAAAUAAAUUUGGUAUUGAACUAAAAACAAGAAUAAAAAAUAGUGUGUGCGAUAGACACACACACGGCCCGGUAGCUCAGUGGAUAGAGCGUCUGCCUCACAACCAGAAGGACCGGGCUUCGAUUCCCCGGCCGGGUGAAGAUAAGUUGGGUUUAUCUUCUUUCACGUGUAGCCCCUGUUCACUAAAGCAGUGAGUAGGUACGCGACGUCAGGCAAGGAGUUGUGACCUCGUUGUCGCGGUGUGUUGAGUGUGAGUGGUCGUACCCAAAGAUCGGUACAAUGAGCUCUGUGCUUCUCCGAAGGGGAACGGCUGGCUGUCUCGAGAGAGACCCGCAGCAGACCAAGAGGUGAAUUACACACACACAAAAAAAAUGUACACAGACACUACAACCUACUCAGUAACAAAUUAGUGAUUUAAUGUUUAUAGUAUUUUCAAGUCUUAGUCGGAACAUUAGGGCUGAAUUUUUACCUGAGCUGCAUCAUUCUAUUUUCAACGUCACCCUGCAGACCAGGGACACCAGGACUAGUAUUAAAAGACAACGAGUAAAUAGUUAUUAGUUACGGCCGCGCCCCCCAGGUAGCGAUCCCCGACAACUAUUUUUUUUUUCCUCUCAGGCCGUCCCUGCCCUAUUCCUCCCCCUCUCAUACCCUCUGGUUUCCACGAUUCUUGUAUACAAAACUUUCCUAAGUGCCACACAAUAGGAUUCAUCAUUUCCUCGGACACUUUCCGUUCAACUUAAGAAUAUCCAGAUUUUUCGUGGGAUUUCCAGAUUUUUUAAGCCCAGAUUUCCAGACAAAUAGUAAAGACCAUCUGGCAACCCUGACCCUACCCAGCCAGUCAGUGUCUCGCGUGAGCAGCCCACAGCCUCUCUCUUGCUCGCAGCUCCCGUCGCCUCAUCAUCCAGGGAUUCCAGCCAGCCAGCGCCUUCCCUCCCUCCCGGCGCUGAGUAGCCCACAGCCUCUCUCUCUUGCUCCCGUCGCCUCAUCACCCAGGGAUUCCAGCCAGCCAGCGCCUUCCCUCCCUCCCGGCGCUGAGUAGCCCACAGCCUCUCUCUCUUGCUCCCGUCGCCUCAUCACCCAGGGAUUCCAGCCAGCCAGCGCCUUCCCUCCCUCCCGGCGCUGAGCAGCCCACAGCCUCUCUUGCUCCCGUCGCCUCAUCAUCCAGGGAUUCCAGCCAGCCAGCGCCUUCCCUCCCUCCCGGCGCUGAGCAGCCCACAGCCCACGCUCCGUGUGCUCCCUUCGCUCCGUGUUCCUCCCCGCCUCCAGGAUGGGUCGCCGGCCUCGUGGUGGUCUGCGGUGUGUGGCAGCGGUGGUGGUGGUGGUGUUCAUGCAAGUCUUGCCCGCCACGUCUGCUCCUGCCCCUGCCGGACAGGAGCCCAUCACGCCCUCGCCUUUUGGUGGGGAAGGGGUCCAAAUCGGUUUGGACUUCGAUAACGUCCGUGGAUUCUUUAAUGGCGAGAAGGCCGAAAGACCAAGCGCCGGAGCCCUCACCAGCAAUGGAGUCGGGGCAGAGGUUGUGGUAUUCCGAUUCCCUGAUCACUUCAGCUUCGGUACAACCACGGCUUUGGUAACAACCGCGGCUUUGGUAACAACCGCGGCUUCGGUAACAACCGCGGCUUCGGUAACAACCGCGGCUUCGGUAACAACCACGGCUUCAGUAACAACCACGGCUUCAGUAACAACCACGGCUUCGGUAACAACCGCGGCUUCGGUAACAACCACGGCUUCAGUAACAACCACGGCUUUGGUAACAACCGCGGCUUCGGUAACAACCACGGCUUUGGUAACAACCACGGCUUUGGUAACAACCGCGGCUUCGGUAACAACCACGGCUUCGGUAACAACCGCGGCUUCGGUAACAACCGCGGCUUCGGUAACAACCGCGGCUUCGGUAACAACCGCGGCUUCGGUAACAACCGCGGCUUCGGUAACAACCGCGGCUUCGGUAACAUCGGCGGCCACCGAGACUUAGGUGGCUUCCGUAACUCCGGCUGUCAGUUUGGAUGUUAAUGGCUAUGACGGGUACUUCGGCUACGGCGGCUAUGGUAGCUACGAUAACAACGGCGGCCACGCGACAUUAGUGGCUAGGUGGCUCUGGUAACUUCGGCUGUCGGUGGGGACGUUGAUGGCUCAGGUUAAGAAGGGCCCGUAUUACAAGUCCAAUCCGAGAAGUUUCGGGUCCCUACAAAGGUCGGUUCAGGGGCCGUACUACAAGUCUAAUCCGUGAAGUUUUGGGUCCCUACAGAGUUCGGGAUGAAUAACUCUGUAGGGACCCGAAACUUCUCGGAUUGGACUUGUAAUACGGCCCAUAAACUGACCUUUGUAGGGACCCGAAACUUCUCGGAUUGGACUUGUAAUACGGCCCCUUAAGAGACCCUUCAGAUCUUGGUUUAUGUUAGUCCGUCCAUGGCAACAAGUGAUAUGGCUUAAUUUUCUGUUGUCUGUUUUUUGUGCUUCUUUGUGUGCCUUGUAAUACGUUAUUGUUUUUCAUUGCAAUAAAGAACCUGCACCCACU